AUGUUGGCGGGAAGGGAUCAGGACUUUAAAGGUAAAAGGCCAGGGAUCAUUUGUGAGCAUUGUGGAUACAAAGGUCACCUUAAGGAAAACUGUUUUAAGAUAAUUGGCUAUCCAGUUGAUUUCAAAAGCAAAAGAAAAAAUCACACUGGAGGAGGAAAGGUUUAUACCAACAAUGUAAAUGUAAACAGUGAGGAAGGAAAGGCACCAGCUAUUCAAGUGCAGGGGAAUGGACAAUUCCUCACAGAAGAACAAUACAAGCAGCUAGUCAAGCUUUUGUCAAAACCAGCAACAUCAGAGUGUUCCACAAACAUGACAGGUAUAAUUUCCUUGCUAGCAAAUGCAGGUAUGUGUGAUUGGGUGAUAGACACAGGAGCAACUCAUCAUGUCACAUACUCUAAGGAUAUUCUGAGCAGUGUGAGAAGAAUUGAUGAUCAAGGAAAGAAUGAGGUGCAAUUAGCAACAGGAAAUAAGGGAAAAAUAACACACACUGGAGAAGCAUUUGUACUAGGGAAUAAGACAGUUAAAAAUGUCUUAUAUGUACCAGAUUUUAAAUUCAAUCUGUUGUCAGUAUCAAAACUCACCAGAGAUCUUAGUUGCUCAGUCACAUUCUUUCCUGAUUUCUACAUGUUUCAGGAUCUUUAUAGUGGUAGGGUGAUGGGGAUUGGUAGAGAGCAUAAUGGAUUAUAUCUGCUAAAGGAAAAUAUAACAGUAGCUGCAGCAAGUUUCUUCAUGAGCAAAGGAGCAGAAGGUUUCUUCAUGAGCAAAGGAGCAGAAGGUGAACUCUGGCACCUGAGGUUAGGACAUGCAUCAUUGAAGUCAAUGCAGCAUAUUCCAGAGUUAAAGAAAAAGGUAGACAUGCAGUUCAAUGAUUUAUUGACAUCUCUGGGAAUUAUACAUCAGAGUAGCUGUCCAUAUACACCUCAACAAAAUGGCACAGUAGAAAAGAAACAUAGAUAUAUCCUAGAAGUUGCAAGGUCACUAAUAUUCCAAAGUUCAGUGCCAAUGAGAUUCUGUGGUGACUGCAUAAGAACAACUGCAUAUUUGAUUAACAAAUUGCCCACAUAA